GGAGGGUGUCCCCGACCACAAAAGCCAUGCGGGCGCGUGCGGAAGGCUGCGGCGGGCGCUGCCUGCGUGGCGCCCGGGGCGGGGGCGCGGGGGCCCGCGGCAGCACGUGCGCGGUGAGGACGUGGGCCGGGCCGGGCCGGGCCGGGUGGGCGCGGGAGGUGUGCCCGCGCCGUGGCCCCCGCGCGUGCGGCUGCCCGGGUGGCGGUGUGAGUCACUGCGGAGUUUGUCUUUAUAGCCGCCGGCAGGCUCGCGUGAGACGCCGGCCCGCCAGCCAGCCGCUCCGCGAUCCAACCCGCGCGCCCCCAACGGCCCCCCAACCGCCGCCCAGGCCCGAGGGCGCCAUGAGUAGCCCGCGCUGCGCCCCGCUGCUGCUCCUGCUGCUGCUGCCGCCGCUGCUGCUCAAGUCCCCCGCGGGGGACGCCGCCGUCAUCACCGGGGCCUGCGACAAGGACCCCCAGUGUGGUGGAGGCAUGUGCUGUGCUGUUAGUAUCUGGGUUAAGAGCAUACGGAUUUGCACACCGAUGGGCAAAGUGGGAGACAGCUGCCAUCCGCUGACUCGUAAAAACCAUUUUGGAAAUGGAAGGCAGGAAAGAAGAAAGAGGAAGAGAAGAAAAAGGAAAAAGGAGGUUCCAUUUUUUGGACGGAGAAUGCAUCACACGUGUCCAUGCCUGCCCGGCUUAGCCUGUUCACGGACUUCGUUUAACCGAUAUACUUGUUUAGCCCGAAAGUAACCACUUUAGAGGAGAAACUUUAAAUGUGAACAGCCACACGAUGUCCGUAAAGUCUGUUUACCUGUGAUUGUGCCAAACAAUUAAUAUGCCAGAAAGAAAUGCUAUUGCUUCCUCAACUUUCCAAGUAACGUUUUCCUCUUUGAUUUUUUUUUUUUUUUUUUUUUUUUUUUGCGGUACGCGGGCCUCUCACUGUUGUGGCCUCUCCCGUUGCGGAGCGCAGGCUCAGCGGCCAUGGCUUACGGGCCCAGGCGCUCCACAGCAUGUGGGAUCUUCCCGGACCGGGGCUCGAACCCGUGUCCCCUGCAUCGGCAGGCGGACUCUCAACCACUGCGCCACCAGGGAAGCCCUCCUCUUUGAUUUUUAAUUGAUGUGUUACUUUUCUUUUUUUUUUUAAUCGAAAGCGGAUUUAUGUUUUGAAUAGAAAUGUAAAGUGCAAGGCAUUAUGGAGCCAGUUCUCAUUCAUUUCCCUGUUUGUGUUUUGGUGUGGCUUUUUUUAAUGCCAAUAACUUCUCCAUUUUCACAGAAGUGUGGAGAAUAGGAAUUUGAUAUUUUGGUACAGAAACUUUCUUUUUCUUAAAACACCCCCUGCCCCACUGUGUGCACACACAUGCACGCACACGCACGCGCGCGCGCGCGCACACACACACACACACACACACACACACACACACACCUUGGUCUCUUUCCCUCACUCCUCAGUGAGUUUUAAGACUCUCAUUUUAUUGUUUGGCAUUUCCCUCUGAGCCUCUAAGCAUUUUAAAGUGGGGAUCCACAUCCUUGAGCUUCCUGGCAGAAUCACUGAUGAGAAUCAAGCUUUUUGCCUGAUACUUAAACAGCGAAAAGAAUGUGUAGUUGAACUAGACCCCCCAAACUUCUCUUAUAUGGAGUGGAGGCAGGGGUGCUUCUGAACUUUAACUGAACCUGCUUAUGCAAGUGGGUUUCAGGUCUGCAGUUUGACUAGUAUGAGGACAAAAAGAAUGGAAGUCAAAUUAAUUUAGUCCAGAUUCCUAGAUUUGGGAUUUUUUUAAAAGAAUUUUCCAGUAUAAUAUUACAUUUAUUUCUUUUCCUUUUUAUAAAGUUGCUUUUUUUUUUUUAACGAAAGUCUCCUAGUUAGAGAUGUUCUAGAAAAUGUCACUCGAAGAGGAAGUAUUGAUUUUAAUCUGGCUUAACACUAGUUAUCAUUUUUAAAUCGGUAUUAAGUUGUCAUUUAAACUUUAUUUGUAACCCAAAGGUCUGUUGUAAUGGAUUGCCUGACAUCCCGUCAUUUGUACCUGUAUCAAUAUUGCUGUGUAAAAAUUCUGUAUCAGAAUAAUGAUGGUACUAUAUAUCAUUUGAUUUAUUUUUAAUAUCAUAUGCUUAUUUUUGUCACAGCUGUCAGUUGGUAUUACAAGCGGAUUUCUAUAUAGCCCACGUUCUAAAAUGGGUAAAGACUCCGAAGUCGGUAAUAUAGCACUAACAGUGUGUAAGUUUUCAUCUUAUGUACUGGAAGGUUCUGUUUGCAUGAGUUUUAAGGUAGUAUAAAAAUAAUGUGUUAAAUCAGUGAGGUUUUGGAGCAUGAAGGAAAAUUAUGACAUGCAAAACUGACUGUGAUCAGGAAUGGACUCACAGGACUUCACUGUCUUGAUUCAGCAAAUAGUAACAGGGUGUCGAUCAUGGGUGGUUAGGCAGGGUGCUAGGUGCUGGCCGUACAGCGAUGCCAGUGUAGCCUGGCCUUGAAAAACCCACCAAGUGUUGUAAAUGGAUUCAACGUUGCAAAUAAACAACUUCUGGAAUGUGUUUAACUGACUAAAGUGGCUGUGCUAACCCACUAACAGUUGCAAAAAAAAAAUUGUCCAUUUUGUAAUUAUUUAUUCAUCCAGGGCUUACAAAUGCACAUUAUGUGUAACUUUACCUCUGGAGUAACGUGUCCCAUAAGUGUAUGGGAUUUUGCUGUACUAAGUACCAUACUUGGUCCUAGAAGGAUUAAUUUUGGUUCAGUUUAGUUUGGGUUCAAGAAACAUUCCUUAGUCAGUUUGUUGGAUAAGAAAAAUAGACUUCAAGUGGAAUUAUGGGUAAUUUUGCUCAAUGCUCUUUUUCUAUAACGUUCAACAUGUCCUUUUUCAUAAGUGGUGAAAAUUUGAUUGGGUCCAUCGUCCGUUUCCCCCCAGGUUAAAAGACUUAUAACUUUUAUAAAAUUUUGCUUUUAUAUAUAUCAACUUAAUAUUUUAAAUCGCUACCUAAAAACUUAGACUGCAUGUACACAGCCAAGAGAACAAAUGUGAAGCUUGUGUAGAAAACUUAGAACUGUACCUACUGACUCACUACGAUCCAAAGAAAAACAGAACUUUGUCAUUUGUUACCUCUCUCCAUCGUUAUUAUUUUUACUGAGGAGUGUACCCUUCUAUUUGGUUAUUAUUUUUUAACUUGUUACCAAAGUUAGCACCUAUCAAACCAUUGUUUCAAAAACCUUGUGAUCAUGCUUCAUGGAGAGCCUUUAAAAUAAUUCUGUGCAAAGCACACAAAGUCUUGGGCUAUAAAGAUGGUGGUGCUGUUUCUUCCAGUCCCUGGGACAGUCUCUCACUGAAGCUGGAACUUCGUAGGCCAGAAUUUCUGAAAGUAAGGUAAAGUGAGAAUUUAUGCAAGAAAACUUAAGUCAACUAUCUAGUCUGAUAUAAAUAUUGUGAAUGGAUUCCAUCCUUUCUAAGGUAGAAAUAGACCUUAUGCCAGCAGCUACUGACCAAACUCAAAUGGACCUUUGGAUUUCUUGGCAAACAUUGAUUUUCAUGAAAACUGUCAUGUCUGACUUGAGCCUUUUUUUAAGAGCAGCAUUUUUUUUAACUGUAGAAAAGUGUGUGCCAAAACUGUGCCCUUACAAACCCGGUUAUCUAACUGAAAACCUUCAUCCUUCCCAGCAUAUCCCUGUGUCUUUUGUUUUACCAAACCAGACCAGUGAUAGGUGAAACACAUAAACAGACUUUACCCAUCACUGGUUCUGUUAUCAGAAAUCUCACCCGACUCUUUCCUCACUUCAUUUUUCACAAGAUUAUAAAGUCAGGCACCAUUUUAAUGGUUUUCACAAGUGGUGUUUUCUCACAUGACUGGGAACAGGCCUGUUCCCUAGAGACAGUACUGAGGCUGGCAUGAGUGUGUGUGGUUCAUUCUUCAAAGCAAACAAGCAAAACAAUAACUUCUUAUGGAAAUUUUUAAACAUCAACAAAACUAAACCAGAUUGUGUGAGGAAGCCUCUGUCUCCAUCAUGCAGCUUUUUAUCAAUAAUUAUCUCCAUGCCAGUCUUGUUUCACCUCUACCCACCUCCCGCCCCACCCUCAAACCUUCACCUCUCCUGUCUUGUCUCGAAUCAAAUCAGUUUCAUCCCUUCUCCAUAGGGUCCACUGUGAGAUGGACAGGCACAGCCUUGUGUGUUGGUAGUAACAUCAAUCCUUCUUUUAUGAUGGCUCUCUGCUUAGAUGUUGCCAAGGCCCUUUCACUGAUCAGCCUGUCCUCCUAAACAUUUCCUCUUAAGAUAUAUUUUUGAAAUCUCAAGUUGGAGUUCAAAAUGGAGGAGCAAAAUAUUUUCAGACCCAGGAAGUGCAUAUAUGAAUGAAUAUUUACUCUUGUAUAAAAUUUUAAAAGAAAAUAUUUGCUGCUCAAAGUAAGAAAUUUUCACAGUAAUAUUGCUAACUAUGUAUUGUGAUUGGGUUCUGGGAGUUAAAUGUUGUCUGCUAUCGUUAGUCCGUUGGACAACUGAUGUUAAAUAUUCCCUGUUAAUUCUCCUGGAUUCGGUUAGGGAGGGGGAAAAUCCCUGAAUGGAAGGUAUGGCUGGUAGACUCCAAUUGUCUUCCACAAUUCAUUCAUCCAUUCUCAAAUUCUCUCUCUCCCCCGCCCCUCCCCCGUCCCUCUCUCUUUUCUCUCUUUCCUCCCUCCCCCCUCCUCCCUCCUUUCUCCCUUCUUUCUCUCCCUCCCCUUGCCCCUCCCCCAAGAGGUUUUACCUGGGUACCGGGUCACUCAUCUGGACAUCUAGAGACUGCAUUUACCAGCAACCCUUAGCCAGAUGUGACUUAGCAGUGGAGCGUGGGCAGAAGUGAUAUGCCUCACAGCCUUAAAAGUAAAUUGCACUCCCCUUCCUCUCCAGCAGGGAGAUGCAGCAAUGAGUCUGGCUCCUUUGGACCCAGAGAGUGAAGGUAGGGCUAACCCACCAGUGGGUCACUGAACGACUUCCUGAAGCAGUCACCCAGCAGCCCAGAGAAGCAGUUCAGCCACUCCGAUUCGAGGGCUCUGUUCAAACACUUCCGCUUCUCCCCUAAUCAAUAUGAACGGAAUCGUUUUUUCAAAAGUGCAUCAUUUGGUUAAUACCUCUUGCUGUGAUCUUAAAAACUUUGUUCUGGUGUUCUUGCACAGUGAGUGGUUGCCCUGCAGAAGGUGGACUCAACCCCCAACCCCCCAAAUUGGUUUGGAUGUUGGGACAGAUGCUGCCACACACACUGGAAAGACGUGACAACAUUGAUGACUCACGUCGUGGGAUUUUCUGGUUCCAACACAGGUUCUAACCGAAAAACAGUGUGUGCUUCUCAGAUAUCACAUCCUGGCAGAAAGCAAGAUUUUCAUCCCAGAAAGCUACGCAGACUGGCAUAACUCAGAGCCAGGUUAAUCUGACAGUUAACAGCCGGCUGAAUGAUCUGAUAACUGGAAAUGUGAAUUGAAUUAAAUAAGCCUAAUUUUAAAAAAUUUGUGACUACAGUUCCAGCAUAUCAGGCAUAUCUGUCAAGGGAGUGGAGAGGAUGGAAUUGUUUUAAGUAUUGUUGCAGUUAAUUGUUGCUUCAAAUAACAGGCUUUCUGAAUAUCAGUGCCUGAAGCAAUAGCAGUUUUUAUUUCAAGACCAGAAAUCUAAAAUCUAGAGAUAUGAGGUUGCAUGUUUGGGUAAGUAGAUCAACAAUGUUAAAACAGAUGUCUGCUCUUUUUAUCUUUCUGGUCUGCUAUUUUCACCAUGUUGACAGUAUCUCUUCUCAUGGUUGCAAGAUGGCUGCUGUGGCUCCAAGCAUUACAGCCUCAUCAAAAAUAUCCCAAAAGGAAGGAAAAGGGAGGGGAAGAGGGCUCUGUUCUUAGGCUGAGGUAGAUCCCAAAAGUCUUGUCCAAGUUGGAGAAAAAGCCUAAAGAACCCCGUGGACUCAGAUCAAGUUUGCUUUUAAUUUUGUUUACUCGAGAAACAGCUAAUAAACAAUGCAAAGGAUAAUGAUAUGGGUCUAGAAUAUGGAUGGGUGGAGACAGUUUCCCAUUACCUCCUUUGCCCCUCACAGAGGGGGUCUUGAAGUCCAGUGGUCUUGGAGGGUCACACAGAGUGGCACGUCUACCAGGUGAAUGGAGAACAGUGUUUUGAGUCCACUGCAUUUUACAACCUCAGCCAUCUCAGUUCACGGACAACUUGAAAUGCCAGUAAGCCUGCUACUCAGCCCACCGUGGCACUCAGAUCUAAUGACUGUGUUUGGAGACUUGGAAAUUUUUCAGGACCUGCAUGGGGACAAUCUCCCCUUCUCUGUAGAGAUUAGUUCACCCUUUAUGUCUAGGAGUUCAGCCUGUAUGUUUGAAAGCUUAACAGCGGUUGAGUUGGGAAAAGAGGAAGUAAGGACUUUGGACGCAAGAAACAACGCAGAAAAGCCAUGUUGGUGUGACCCAGUAUGGUCUGUUCAGGGCACUGCCAGUGACUUGCAGUGACUGGAGCACAGAGCCUGAGUAGGGAGUGGGAGGAUGUGAGACCAGCGCGGGAGCCAGGAGCCCAGGUGUGCACCGUGCGAGCCCAGCAGAGGGGUGACUGGGCCAAGAAGGCCUUCCAGAAGUCUUGGAUCUGAGUCCAGCACAAACCUGAUAUUCAGCUAAGACCCAGGGGUACAGCUGUACAGGUUAGUUAUGCCCGUGUCAUCCCAGUUAUUACAUAUUGUGAAUAUUGCCUCUGCUCUAGAGGAGGUGGUGAGGGAGUCCCCAGGCAGAGGAGGGGGACGGGCUUUCUAGGGAGAGCUUAUACAAAGGUAACCAGAGAAGGGAGAGGUGGAAAUAUAAGGGGAAGAUGAGGCCAGGGUGGUGGAGGGGCCGGACCAUAAAAGGCCUUCUGUGGCAAACCAGAAUUUUGCACUUGUAUGGGUCAUGGAAAGACACUGAAGGGUAGAACCAAUCUUGCCAACCCAACGAUCCAUCCUGACUCAGCCCCAGGACCUGGGACCCUGUUACCUCUUAGGGGCAGGGCGUUUGAAAAUGUAGAUGGCUGAUGGCGAGCCCAAAGCCUUGGCAGAAAUGAUUGUGUUGUAUUUUCUUUCUUUCAAAAAGAGGGAGAAAGAAAGGAAGAAAGAGAGAGGGAAGGAAGAAAAUAGAGGAGGAAAGGAGGGAGAGAAGGAAUAAGAGAGGGAGGAAGGGAAGAAAGAAGAGGAAAAAGGGAAGAAAGGAAAAGGAAAGAAAAAAGGAAAGGUAGAAACCAACAUGGCAAGACUGACAAGGUCUGGCAAGGCUGAAUGGUGCGUAUGGAGGUUAUUCUUCAUCAUUAUGGUUAUUGACUUGUUAUUCGCCUCCCCACUUUGAGAUAUUUCAAUUUGUAAAAAAUGAACAUGGUCAGGUGGAAAUCUAAAAGUAGAUGUAAGUCUUUCUGCAAAGCGAUUUGACAUAUGGUGUCAAAAGACCUAAAGAUGCUCAUUUUUGACCCAAUAAUUCCAUGCCAGGACAUGCACAGAUUUAUAGACAAGCAAUCUAUUUUCUUUUGCUUCAAGUAUAGACAUAACCCAUUAAUUUCACCUGGGGAGGAGUGGCGGAGGAGUUGUGCUAAAUUAACUUGUCAAUGACAGAAAAUGAGCUAUUUUAAUGGAAGUCUUCCCCAAAUACAUUGUUCCUGUCCUGGUACAAGAAGUAGAGUAUUCUGAAAUACAAGUAACCUUCUCUUGAUGAUUCUUUAUUAAUAUAAUUAACAAUCAAAGUACAGGCUAAUAAAUUCAGUGAUGAAAGUAGCUGUUGAGGUGCAAGGGGAGUUUUGCUCCUGCACAGUAUUCCUCUGGACAGCUAGUUCCUCUGCAUCUCUUGGUUCUUCUUUUUCCUUUACAGUUGGCCGUCAUUUCUCAUUACUUGUCACUUGAAUUCUCAUUAGAAAUCUCCCAUCCAGUCAGAACAAAGCAAAACAAAAUACAGGAGUUAGCCCUGACAGCCUAGUUCCUAUGCCAUGGCAGGUGCUACAAAUUCUGACCAUCACAUAGGCUUAGUGACUUCUGUUUUUUGAACCUGGAUCACUUGUGGCUGGUGGGGGGAUGUUGGAUGAGGAGAGAUUUACUUCCUUGGCCUGUCUUUAGAUAAGCUAAGAUUUCUGAUGAGUGGCCCUUGGAUAAUUAAUGUCUACCCGGUCGUAUGAUCUGGGGAGAAACAGGCUGAUAGUUACUCAUACUUUCCAAAUAGGAGACUGUCUGCAUAGACUGAUUGACAUUUACGGACAAAAUAAAAUAAUGCUGACCAUUCUCCUGCAAUAAAUUGGCCACACCCUCUUAUUAUGACUUAUCCAUCUUGGACUGAAUAUUUAAUAGUUUAUAUUAUGUGCAACUCAAAUUUCAAUAUAUUUACUGUACCCACUUUAAUUAUUUUAUCAAAAUGGUUACUUUGCUUACAUUCAUGUUUUCUAUGUUCAUAAAAAAGUUUUGAAGCAGUAUAUAUAUAUAUACUGCUUCUUCCCUUGAAGAGAAGAUCUGCAGAUUUUUUAUCUUGCAUUUUAAGUUAACAAGCCUCCAAAUGUCUUAGAAAUUAUGGUCAGCCAAACAGCAUGCACUAAAAGGAUAAUAAAAACAUGAGUACCUUACUUAGACGCAUAUUACCACCUGUCACAGUCUCAAACAACAACAGGAACAAAAACCCACUCCAGAAUGAAAAUACUGGUAUAUUUAUAUAAUGCAAAGAGAAAUACAGAUAUAAAUCCUCAAAACGGAAGGUACGUUAAUAAAAAUGUAGCAUUAUAAGCGAAAAAAUACAGUACUUGCAGAAUUUAGUCUUUCAACUUAAGGUUACAACGUGUCUAACAAAGAAAUAGUACUUAAAAUUAUAGUUCUCAUUAUUAAUUUAAAAUAACCAUCAGGAGAACAGCACAGCUUAACCUAGCAAACAUUUUAAGGAAAUGCUUUGUCUCAUAGAAGAGUAUCAUUAUAUUCCAUCCAUUUAUACCAUGAACAAGAGAAUAACAAUUUUCAGAGUGGCAAUUAGUUUCAUAAGACAGAAUAAAACUGGGCUCUUCAAAGCACAAACUGUUCCCCUAAAAUUAUUUUAAUUUUUAUUGGCAAAAAAUACCUAAACAGUUUUGAUUUAGCACUCUGCUUGUCUCUGAGCCCUCCCAAUCCGUGAACCACAAUCAGUACAUACAAAAACAUGCAAUACUGUAUUUUCUCCACACCAUUACUAACCAAAACACUUUUUACUCUUUUGAAAGGUACAGUUUUACAGAAAUGUUUCCACUCAAGAUUGGUAUGAUACAAAGAGCAGUUGUCGCUGACGGGCAUUUCCUAGUAGUAUAAAGCAAGGUAGGAAACAAAUCUUGUGUUGUUACUGAUUAAAAAUGACUGCCUUGCUACUCGUUCCCAUUUCUGCUCUUUAACUUCAAUAUCAAUACUGAACAAAAUUCUCAACGCCUUCAAAGAACCACAGCAGUCCAACUGACCCCACCGAUGGCAAUUCAGAGGGAACUUGAGACCACUUUCCCUCUUUCUCCUGCUGCCAACAGAAGACCCUCAAGAAAUCAAACUUGUGAAGUCCCCCUGGGUUCCUCUACCUCAAUGCAAAAUGCCACUUGAGGUUGUCAAAAAUAGCUUCUGUAGAAAACUGGCCAUGGUCUUUAGGAAAGGUUGCAUGAAAAAAAUUAGUUUAGCCUUUAUUGAAAAGAAAAAAAAAAGA